AUGGGAACCAUUGAACAUAUUGUUAGAGCGAAGGAAUUUGAAAAGAAAGCGAAGAAGAAGCUGGUUGGAUGGAGAUUUUUCAAUUCUAAAGAAUCCAAACAUAAACAGGCCGCUAAACUCUUCCAUGAAGCUGCCCAUCAUUACAAACUCGCCAGAGCCUGGGAUAAAGCUGGGUACACAUUGGGAAAGUUGGCCUUAUGUCAUCUGAAGACUGAUAGCAAAGAACAAGCCGCAGAAGCUUUUCUUGAUGCUGCGGAGUGUCACAGUAAAACGUGCCUUGCUUACUUAGACAAGGGAGCAAAUCUCCUUUGUGUAACUGGAUCACUUGAUAAAGCUGGAGUAUGUUAUGAAGAAAUUGCGAAGCUGAGGAGUUGUUCUAUGGAGGUCUUUGAUAAUAUUUGA